GUGGUGGAGUAACUGGGCAAAGCUAUUGCAGGAGGCUGGCACGUUCGAGCGUAAACUUUUUUUUUUUUUUUUUUUUUUUUUUUUUUUAAUAUAAACACCAGCAGACCUUUUAAAACAUCAAAUUUUUUUUUUUUUUUGGGGGGGGGAGUUGAAGAGUCACCCGUGGCUCUCGUACUACGAUUGGAUCUUUGUGAGGCCGGGAACGAAUUUCUAAUCUACUAUUGACCGCCGUUGAGUUGGAAAGGCAGCGUUCGCAGUGCUGCUCCUCAAACGCACCGCCACAUUUCCGAAAAGAACUCGUCACAACCUGGGAUUGCACGUCGCGCGGCCAGCGACUCUUCUGUCUAGCGCGCAGUAGGCGCCCCAUCGUAAGGUCACGAGUGAACGACUGACAAUUCUUCAGUGUUUGGGACUAUCGGUGUUGUGAGCCUGCGUCCGAGGGGGAUUUUGUGGAGACAAAGCAUACGGAUCUUGACAUCAAGGAGAAGGAUUGAGAGAGCCAGGCUGCGUGGAAGGAAACCUUAACAUCGAGGGCUGGGCUUUGUCCGCGCGCCUGCGAGUGCAGGGAGGGGUGACGAGACUAUUGCUGACCCACUGGGAUUAUCGUGCUGGAGCGCGCCACAUCUCCUGGACCCACACCCCAGAGAGGAUACACACAAGAUGUAUCCGCAGGGCCGGCAUCCGGCACCUCAUCAGCCUGGGCAGCCCGGGUUCAAGUUCACAGUAGCAGAAUCCUGUGACAGGAUCAAAGACGAGUUUCAGUUCCUUCAAGCGCAGUAUCACAGUCUUAAGGUGGAGUAUGACAAGCUAGCCAACGAGAAGACAGAGAUGCAACGUCACUACGUCAUGUACUACGAGAUGUCCUACGGGCUCAACAUUGAAAUGCACAAACAGACUGAGAUUGCGAAGCGGCUCAACGCUAUUCUUGCCCAAAUCAUGCCUUUUCUGUCACAAGAGCACCAACAGCAGGUAGCCCAGGCUGUUGAGCGUGCUAAGCAAGUGACAAUGACCGAGCUGAAUGCCAUCAUCGGGGUACGUGGACUUCCCAAUCUGCCCCUCACCCAGCAGCAGCUCCAAGCCCAGCACCUAUCGCACGCAGCCCACGGGCCCCCAGUCCAGCUCCCUCCUCACCCCUCCAGCCUGCAGCCUCCCGGCCUGCCCCCUGGCACGGGCUCCGGCUCUGGCCUGCUGGCCCUAGGCGCCCUGGGCAGCCAGGCUCACCUGCCAGUCAAAGACGAGAAGAACCAUCACGAUCUGGAGCACAGAGACCGGGAAUCGAGCACGAACAACUCCGUGUCCCCAUCAGACAGUCUGCGGGCCAGCGAAAAGCACAGGGCUUCAUCAGACUACAGUCUGGACCCAAAAAAGCGCAAAAUGGAGGAGAAGGACAACCUGAGCAGAUAUGACAGCGAUGGAGAUAAAAGUGAUGACCUGGUGGUUGAUGUGUCCAACGAGGACCCGGCCACCCCCAGGGUCAGUCCCGCUCACUCUCCCCCCGAGAACGGCCUGGACAAGGCCCGCGUGCUGAAGAAAGACGCCCCCAACAGCCCCGCCUCCGUGGCCUCGUCGGGGAGCACCCCAUCCUCCAAGGCCAAGGACCACCCCCACAAUGACAAGUCCUCCACCCCAGGCCUGAAGUCCAACACCCCGACGCCCCGCAACGAUGCACCCACACCCGGCACCAGCACCACCCCUGGGCUCCGGCCUAUCCCGGGCAAGCCCCUUGGCAUGGAGGCCUUGGCUCCUGCCCUGCGGACCCCUCUGUCAUACGCAGCGCCAUUUGCGAUGAUGGGCCACCACCCCGAGAUGAACGGCUCUCUGACCAGCCCGGGGGUCUACGGCCUCCACAUCUCCCCCCAGAUGAGUGCGGCAGCGGCCGCGGCUGCCUACGGCCGUUCGCCCAUGCCGGGGUUUGAUCCACAUUCUCACAUGCGGCCUCCUGGUCUCCCAGCCAGCCUAACGUCAAUCUCGGGAGGAAAACCAGCCUACUCCUUCCACGUCAGCGCCGACGGACAGAUGCAGCCCGUUCCCUUCCCCCCGGACGCCCUGAUCGGCCCCGGGAUCCCGCGCCACGCCCGCCAGAUCAACACGCUGAGCCACGGCGAGGUGGUGUGCGCCGUCACCAUCAGCAACCCCACCCGCCACGUCUACACAGGGGGCAAGGGCUGCGUCAAGAUCUGGGACAUCAGCCAGCCGGGCAGCAAGAGCCCCGUGUCCCAGCUCGACUGCCUGAACAGGGAUAAUUACAUCCGCUCGUGUAAGUUGCUUCCUGACGGGCGCACGCUGAUCGUGGGCGGAGAGGCGAGCACUCUGACCAUCUGGGACCUGGCCUCGCAGACGCCCCGCAUCAAGGCCGAGCUGACGUCAUCGGCACCCGCCUGCUAUGCCCUGGCCAUCAGCCCCGACGCCAAGGUCUGCUUCUCCUGCUGCAGCGACGGCAACAUCGCCGUCUGGGACCUCCACAACCAGACGCUGGUCAGGCAAUUUCAGGGCCACACGGACGGAGCCAGCUGCAUAGACAUCUCUCAUGACGGCACCAAGCUGUGGACGGGGGGCCUGGACAACACAGUGCGCUCGUGGGACCUGCGGGAGGGGCGGCAGCUCCAGCAACAUGACUUCACCUCACAGAUCUUCUCCCUGGGCUACUGCCCGACGGGCGAGUGGCUGGCCGUCGGCAUGGAGAGCAGCAACGUGGAGGUGCUCCACCACACCAAGCCUGACAAGUACCAGCUGCACCUGCACGAGAGCUGCGUGCUCUCGCUCAAGUUUGCCUACUGUGGUAAAUGGUUCGUGAGCACAGGGAAGGACAACCUUCUAAACGCGUGGCGGACGCCCUACGGAGCCAGCAUCUUCCAGUCAAAGGAGUCUUCGUCUGUCCUGAGCUGUGACAUUUCUGCUGAUGACAAAUACAUCGUGACGGGAUCUGGUGACAAGAAGGCCACAGUUUAUGAAGUAAUCUAUUAGAUUUAGGAUUGAUCGACUGGAUCCAAAGACUUUGGAUUGGACCUUCAUCUUUGGGCUUCAGUUGGAGUGGAAUUGUGCCAAGUGCAGGCCUGCCCCCUCCUCCAAUCACAGGAAAACAGUCUUGAGGUUCAAUUCGUCGACUCUGGAAAAAUUAAGGUUUUUUUUGUUUGUUUGU